ACUCCAGAGACAGUCGCAGGAUUAAGAUAGAAGAGGAGAAGAGAUAAGGAUCCUGAGCUUUUCACGGUCUUCUUACAAUUCUGCGCAACUUGCUGAGUCAUUUAUGAUGAAUACUGUAAACUACAUUGGUAAACUAAACGAAUACGCAAACACGCGUAAAUCUGAAGUGAGUUACGAAGAUGUUGGCUCUGACGGACCGCCACAUGAUAAAGUAUUCUACCUGAGGGCAGUCAUAGAUGGUAAAGCCUACCCCAGUGGUGAGGGGAAGACCAAGAAGGAAGCAAAGCAAAAUGCAGCAAAAAAUGCUCUGGAAAGCCUGUCUCAGCUUGGUCAUCAGGACUCGGUGGAAUCUAGAAACAAUGCAGCAGAAGCUUCAGUUCCAAUGGUUUGUAGCUCUAAGGACACCAGCUUUACAGAGACAAAUUUCAUAGGCCUUGUCAACCACUAUUGUCAGAAAACCAAACGCUCCCAUUCAUAUGAUCUAGUUGGGAGAGAUGGCCCCCCUCACAAACCUCAUUUUUUGUACAAAUUAAAAAUUGACAACAAGGAAUAUCCUGUGGGUGAAGGGAAUAGCAUCAAGAAAGCCCAACAGAAAGCAGCAGAGUUAGCCUGGUCUGCUCUUCAGGAACAGUCAGACUGGGACAGCAAGGUGUCCAUCAGGUCAACAGCAUCUGAAGAUGGUGCUUCACUUGUAUCAUUGGCACCAUUAGUUAUACAGGACAACAGUGAAUCAUCAUCACAAUACACUGCAAAUAACUCAUCAAACCCUUCUACGUCCCAGGCAUCCUUUAUAUCAUCUGAGUCUGAGACUGGCACAUCUGUCAGGGAGUCCAUUGAGUCCUCAUCGCAGGGCCCGACUACAGAUAGAAGUGAAUCAAUAAUGUUCCAACACUCAUCAACCCCAUCCACAGACCAGGAUGCUGACAACAAUGACAGCAUUGAAAACAAUACAAGGCAAACAUCAACCCAGUCAAGAUUUCUGUCAGACUUCAACUCUAUAGAGCGUCUCGGCAAAGGAGGCUUUGGUCGUGUUUACAGAGCAAAGAACAUACUGCUGAAACAUUAUCGUGCUGUAAAGAUUGUCCACAGCACUGAAAAAGCUCUGCGAGAGGUUACAGCACUGUCAGAACUCCACCACAGAAACAUUGUUAGAUAUUACAGCUGCUGGACAGAGGAUCGCAGAUAUGAAGACGACAUGUCGACUUCUACUGACAGCUAUUACCAGAGUAAUUUACCUCCACGCUACCUCUAUAUUGAGAUGGAGUUAUGUGACUCCAAAACACUUAGAAAGUGGAUAAAAGAGCAGAACAAAAACACUCCACCAGACUCACAGAGAAGACAACAAAGUCUGAUCAUCGCCCAGGAAAUAGUCAGUGGAGUGGAAUACAUUCACUCCAAAGACCUCAUCCACAGGGACCUUAAGCCUGAUAAUAUCAUGUUUGGAAAAGACAAAGAGGUGAAGAUCGGGGACUUUGGUCUCGUCACCAGUGAAAAUGAUUCCAAUGAUGAAAACCGGAUGCAGAGAACAAAGAAGACAGGAACCAAGUCUUACAUGGCUCCCGAACAAAGCGGGACAAACUACGACCAGAAGGUGGAUGUAUUUGCUUUGGGGCUGAUAUUCUUUGAACUUCUUUGGAAGCUUUUCCCAGGCAUGGAGAGAGCAAAGAUUUUUGAAGACAUCAGAAGCCAGAAAUUCCCCAAAGAGUUCUCUAAGACCUUUCCCCAAGAGAGGAAAAUAAUUCACUCAAUGCUGUGUGCAAAUCCAGAAGACCGGCCUGAAGCAAAACAGCUGAAGGCAGAGCUGGAGACGUGCACUCAGACAUCAAGUGUUAAGAAAAACAUACAUCAGGAAAAUCGAACUGUCUGAAUUACAGAUGGAGAGCUUCUGGAGAGCUUAGUCUUCUCAUGUGUGUUUAUAAUGUUUAACGUUUAUAAUGACGCGGUUUAUGUGCUAAUGUGGUGGGGCUUAAGGCAUUGUGAGUAAUCAAGGGCAGUUUUUUAAAUUGAAUGAAACAUGAACUCAAACUGUAUCAUGAUUUUAGAAAAGAACUAUUUAGUCAAAUCUGCCUCUUUGUGUAGGUGAUUUGUAACUGUUGACCAGUGCAUUCUUGAAUGAGCUGGAGCAUUAUGCUGAAUUACUAUAAUGAAAAGCACGCCAUAUGUGGGAGAACCUUGAAAACGCUCCUUAACCUUUUUGACUUGAUUCACACUCGAUAUGAUUUAUUAACUUUUUCUUUUCUUUUUUUCAUUUUAACUGUGAUAUUAAUCAGAAACAUGUGACAUGUAAUCAUGGGAGAAGGGUCCUUAAUAUUGUAAUCAGAGGGGAUGGUACAUUGGCGGA